UUUUUGUGUCCGCAAACUUUCUCUGUUUUUUCCUCCUAGGAGAACAACUUUGGACACUUGGUUUUUGCACCUUGUCUUGGUUUUCAUUUGUCUUCAAUGGUGCUGAAAAUUGCAAAGACACCCCAGCAAAGUACUUAAAAUAAUGGCUAUCUUCUCGUGGUUUUGUUCUUUGUUCAAACCAAAAGUGGGCUUGCAGAGUGGAAUGGCAAAAUCUGGAGAAGAGAAGAAGAAGAUGAGGGUGGUUGUGAUUGGUGGUGGAGUUGGUGGCUCCAUUGUGGCUUAUUCUCUCCAAUCUGUGGCAGAUGUUGUCCUCAUCGAUCAGAAGGAGUACUAUGACAUCCCAUGGGCAAGCUUGAGGUCAAUGGUGGAGCCAUCAUUUGCUGAAAGAUCAGUGAUUAAUCACAUUGAUUAUCUUCCCAAAGUUCAGAUUAUUGCAUCUUCAGCAACUAACAUUACAGACAGCGAAGUCACGACUGAAGAUGGCCAAAAGGUUGCAUAUGAUUAUGUUGUGAUUGCAACAGGUCACUUGGAAUCUGCUCCCAAAACUAAAGCAGAGAGGCUCAAUGAGUACAAGGCAGAUUUUGAAAAGAUAAAAUCUGUUAAUACAGUUUUGAUUGUUGGUGGGGGUCCAACUGGUGUGGAACUUGCUGGUGAAAUUUCUUUUGUUUUUCCAGAUAAGAAGUUGAUACUGGUGCACCGGGGGCCAAGAUUGCUGGAAUAUAUUGGCUCCAAGGCUUCCCAAAUGGCAAUGAAUUGGUUGACUGCAAAGAAAGUUGAUGUGAUCUUGGAUCAAUCCAUCAAUCUGAACCAUUUGAAUGGUGGCAUUGUUCAAACCUCUUCUGGAGAAACUAUAAAAGCUGAUUGCCAUUUUGUGUGUACGGGGAAGCCGAUAGGUUCAUCUUGGCUUAAUGAAAGCAUUUUGCAGAAUAGCCUGAAUAUACAUGGAAAGCUGGUGGUUGAUCAAAACUUGAGGAUCAGAGGUCAUAAAAAUAUCUUUGCAGUAGGAGAUAUCACCGAUAUUAAAGAGAUCAAACAAGGGUAUGUGGCACAGAAACAUGCUCAUGUGACUGCCAAGAACUUGAAGUUACUGAUGAAUGGAGAAAGUGAGAGCAAGAUGGCUACUUAUAAACCUGGUUGGGAAAUGGUAAUUGUCUCACUUGGGAGGAAAGAAGGGGUGGCACAGUUUCCACUAAUUACAAUUGGUGGAUGCAUUCCUGGUAAAAUCAAAUCUGAGGACUUGUUUGUGGGGAGGACAAGGAAACAACUUGGACUAAAUCCUUAUUUGGACGAAAAAUGAGCUAAAUUCUAAGCACAUUGUUGUUUCUUUAUGUUUAUUGGUUUACAUAUUUUAAAUCUUUGUAUAUAUUUUGUGCCUUUUAAAAAUGUUGGCUUUUCAUUGAACAAAACGAGCACACAUGUAG